GCACUACAUAACAGCUGUGGUCCUCGCUGCACUGCUCCUGAUCUUCACUAACAGCACACAUUCUAGACGCAGUCAUGUCUCUCAAGUACAACAAAGUUCUUGUUAUCGGCGCCACAUCAGGCAUUGGCUGGGCCCUCGCCGAGAAGAUCGUGCAGAAUGGCAAGCAGGUUAUUAUUGUAGGACGUCGACAGGAGAAGCUGGACGAGUUCGCUUCCAAAUAUGGCAAAGACAAGGUCUCAACAAAAGCUUUCGAUAUCACCAAGCUCGACGAAAUUCCCAAGUUCGUCCAGGACGUUACUAAGGAGCACCCCGAUCUCGACUCCGUCAUCCUGAAUUCUGGCAUUCAACGCGGCUUUGACUUCUCAAAGCCCGAUACAGUCGAUCUAGAGGUACUCGAGCUCGAAUUCCGCACAAAUUACAUCUCAUACAUGCACCUGACGACGGCAUUCAUCCCCUUCCUGCAGAAGAAGGAUAACGAAACAAGCCUGAUCUACACCACCUCCGGCCUAGCUCUUCUUCCCCUUCCCAGGUGUCCAAACUACAGCGCCUCCAAGGCUGCGCUGCACCACAUGAUCUUGGUCCUUCGCGAGCAACUACGAGCUGGCCCAGGCAACAUCAAGGUCAUUGAGAUCUUUCCACCAGCAGUGCAGACAGAGCUUCACGAUGCGAAACACCAGCCUGACAUCAAGGAUGGCGGCAACAUUGGCAUGCCGUUGAAUGAAUUCAUGGACGAGACGUGGAAGAAGUUGACGAAAGGGGAUGAGCAGAUCCCUGUUGGCUUUGUUAGUAAUGCUUUUGAGAAGUUCGAAAAGACGAGGCAGGGCAUGUUUCACGAUAUCAUAAUGAAGAUGCACUAGAUGUCGAGGUGGUGGAGAGGAGGUUGAAGAGGUUGGACCGCUGUGGAGGUAGUCAAAUAUGUGUGUUAAACGUAAGAUAUUCGAGCAAUGUUUCGAGUCCACCCAAAGACUACAAUUGGUUCCAUGAAAGUAAAAGUACCAUUGUAAGGCUCACGACUCAUA